CAUACAUGCCAGUAAAGGGUCCUAUUGAUUGCAUACUUAUCAGCAUAAAAGGAGCAAUAUUGAAUGUAGAGCAAACAAAAACAACAAAGUCUUCUUACGUUUCUUGAAGUUCUACUGUUCCCAUCACUAUGGAAAACAUGGACUUGGAAUCUAAAUCCGUUCACAGAGAUUUUGUUUUGCCAGUUGAUUCUGAAGAUAAAGCUACUAAAUUCAGAGUGUAUUCUGUUUCGGCACCUCAUAUGAGAGCAUUUCAUCUUUCUUGGAUAUCUUUCUUUGCUUGUUUUGUUUCCACAUUUGCUGCUCCACCUCUUGUUCCGAUUAUCCGCGACAAUCUUGAUCUUACAGCUACUGAUAUUGGAAAUGCAGGGAUUGCAGCAGUUUCUGGUGCAGUUUUCGGGAGAAUUGCUAUGGGAAUAGCUUGUGAUUUGUUCGGUUCAAGACUUGCAUCAUCUGCACUUAUUCUGUUAACUGCACCAGCUGUUUUCUUAACGUCUAUCGCCAAUUCAGCAGUCUCUUUCCUUCUUGUUCGUUUCUUCACAGGGUUUUCUUUAGCCACUUUUGUUUCCACUCAAUUUUGGAUGAGUUCUAUGUUCUCUGCUAAGGUCGUUGGCACGGCUAAUGGGAUCGCUGGAGGCUGGGGAAAUCUUGGUGGCGGAGCAACACAGUUAAUUAUGCCUUUGGUCUUUUCACUAAUACAUAAAAUUGGUGCAACUCCAUUUACUGCUUGGAGAAUUGCGUUUUUUAUACCUGCCCUGUUUCAGGCUUUAUCAGCGUAUGCUGUUUUCUUUUUUGGCCAAGAUAUGCCUGAUGGGGAUUAUGCAAAACUCCAUAAAUCUGGUGAAAAGCAUAAAGAUAAUAUUUCAGAUGUUUUGUAUCAUGCAGUUACAAAUUAUAGAGGGUGGAUCUUGGCAUUGACUUAUGGCUAUUGUUUUGGUGUUGAACUUACUGUGGACAAUAUAAUUGCACAGUAUUUUUUUGACAGGUUUAAUGUCAAUCUUCAUACAGCGGGGAUUAUUGCAGCUAGUUUUGGUUUAGCAAACUUAUUUUCCAGGCCUGGAGGAGGGACGUUGUCUGAUAUCAUGGCGAAAAGGUUCGGUAUGAGGGGAAGGCUCUGGGCACUUUGGAUUAUGCAGACAUUAGGGGGCUUACUUUGUGUUCUUUUAGGGAAAGUUGAAUCUUUAAGUGGUUCUAUUGCUGUGAUGCUUGUGUUUUCGGUGUUCUGUCAAGCUGCCUGUGGACUAACUUUCGGGGUUGUUCCAUUUGUUUCAAGAAGAUCAUUGGGCAUAAUUUCGGGGAUGACCGGAGGAGGUGGAAACAUUGGAGCAGUGCUAACACAAGUAAUUUUCUUCAGAGGAACAAGAUAUUCGACAGAAACAGGAAUUACAUACAUGGGAAUCAUGAUUAUUUGUUGCACUCUCCCCAUUAUGUUUAUAUACUUCCCACAAUGGGGUGGAAUGUUUUACGGUCCCUCAUCGAAAGGCUUAACAGAGGAAGACUACUACAUGAAAGAGUGGAGUUUAAAGGAAAAAGAGAAUGGUUUUCACCAGUCAAGCAUGAAAUUUGCUGGAAAUAGUACAAGUGAAAGAGGCAAAAAAGUUGAAUCAGCACCUACACCUAUAGAUGGAACUCCUAAUACAUAAUCAUUUGAAUUAAAGCAUGUUGUCACUCUAGUAUUGUAUUUUGUUACUCUUGUUUUGUAUUGUAUUGUAUUUUAUUGCUGGAAGUUGCACAAAUUUCUAUUUAAGCUUAGUUCCCCGCUGCAAAGAACUGUAGUUUGAUGU